GCGCAACCAAAGCUCGAACCGCGACAGCUAAUGGAUACAGCUAAUCUUACAGCUAAUUCCUAGUCCGACUGCGCUACUUGUCACUUCACUUGUACCUUCACACCUCUGCACCAUCACUGUCACCAACACUCCAAAACACGUGGCUCCCGCUCUACAUGCAUUGGACUAUACGCGCAUCACUGUUCGCGACCUCGGAUUAGCCAUACUUGCUCCCCUGCCUCGCGCGUCGCCGUCUGCAUACCAGCCACAACACCUGUCGCGCCAAUAGCAAGCGUCCCUUACCACGAUAUCCGCUUACAUACUUCAGCGCUGGUGUAUACCUGCCUAUAAGAGACGAAAGUACCCUGAACGCGCUCCAAGAGCAUGUAAACAAUAGGAAUGCUUCUCAGAUCUUCUCCCGACCUGCAUUAUCCUAUCACUGUUACGGAUCUUCUCAAACGCCCUAAUGAUGAAGUGCAGAAGUCUGUUCCUAUACUUGCCUACACAUAUACCUCCAAGGUCACCGAAGGAAACAAGUAUGGCGAUGAGGCCGUAGUCACCAAGACUUUUCCUGCGCGCAUUGAAGCUCCCACAAAUGGCAGUAUCAAUGCCUGGAAAGUAAAGAAGGGUGACAUCAUACAGCAGGCUGGCGUUGCUCUAGUUGAGAUAGAUGAGCCAUGUCAACACGAAGUUCAAUUCGGCGGCCUUUGCGCCAACUGUGGGAAGGACAUGACAGAUAUCGACUACAACACAUCCAUCAGAGACUCGGAACGUGCGCCAAUCAUGAAAGUCCAUGGUCACACCGCCCUUACAAUUAGUCAACAGGAGGCCAGAAGAUUGGAACAGGAUGAUAAGCGCCGCCUGCUAACAAGCAGAAAAUUAAAUAUGGUAGUCGAUCUUGAUCAAACAAUCAUUCAUGCCACUGUCGAUCCGACCGUGGCUGAGUGGCAGCGAGACCCAAACAAUCCCAAUUACGAUGCCGUCAAAGAUGUACAAGCUUUCCAGUUGAUUGACGAUGGUCCAGGAGGCAACGGCUGCUGGUACUACAUCAAGAUGCGACCGGGCUUGCAGAAAUUUCUGGAAGAGAUGUCAAAGUUAUACGAGCUUCAUAUCUACACAAUGGGUACGAGGGCAUACGCGCACAAUGUUGCGAAGAUUGUGGAUCCAGAUCGAAAGAUAUUCGGUGACCGUGUGCUUACGCGAGAUGAAAACGGCAGCUUAGACAGAAAAAGCUUGGCCCGCAUUUUUCCUGUGUCAACGAAAAUGGUCGUUAUCAUCGAUGAUCGCGCGGAUGUAUGGGGCUGGAGUGAGCAUCUACUGAAAGUUGUACCAUAUGACUUUUUUGUAGGUGUUGGCGACAUCAAUUCUAGCUUUUUACCAAAGACCCAAGCUUUGCCAAAAGCAGAAGAAAUGCCACCAACCGCAGGUUCGUCUGUAAAAGACGCCACUGAGAAUACUGAACAGACAACAGCGGUUGCUGAGAAAGACUUAUCCCUGGCAGCCUCUGAACUCGCCGUGUCUGACGCGGAAGUAGUACCUGACGGCGAUACGGAGAUGUCCGAUAUCGAGCAGCAACUGAUCACAAUAGGCAGUCGAGAUGACCCAAAUCUUCUACAAGAGCAGACUAGCAGCCAGGAUGACGUGAUUGUAAAGCAAAUUGCUGAGCGCCCUCUACUACAAAAGCAAUUAGAACUUGAGAAAGCCGACGAAGAACAAGACAAAAUCGAGCGAGAGAGGGCUGCGCAUGGCGAUGCAGAUGUCCCUAUCCAACAUGAGCACAGGCAUCUCCUUCAUGAUGACGACACAGAGUUGCUGUCCUUGGAGCGGCACCUUCGUGAGAUUCACGAUGCCUUUUUCGAAGAAUACGAGAAGAAUUCAGCCGGUGUAGUAGGAGGCAGGGUUGCCGAGCUCAAAGGUGGAAAGGAUUCGAGGAAAAUCACAGCAGAUGACGAUAGUCUUAUACCGGAUGUCAAGGAUCUGGUGACAGAAAAGAAACGCGAGGUUCUUAAGGGAACCCGGAUAGUAUUUUCAGGCAUUGUACCACAAAAUAUUGAUAUUCAACACUCGGAUGUAGGCCUUUGGACGAAGAGCUUUGGCGCGGUUGUGUCAUAUGACAUAAACAAGAGAACGACCCAUCUCGUAGCGACUCCCCAUCGCAAGACAGUCAAAGUCAAAAAAGCAGCAAGGCAUUCACAUAUCAAGAUUGUUACUACAGGCUGGCUGAUGGAAGCGUUUUCUACCUGGAUCAGACCAGACGAGACUCCAUACUUGAUCCCGGUCGAUGAUGAGGCUAAUUAUCGCGGGCCAGGGGGUGAUAGUUCACCAUUGGAAGAGCUGGAUGAUGGUGACUUUCUGUCAGCUGAAGACGACGGCGCUGCUGAAGAGCCGACUCCUGCAGAUUCAGAAUACGAGAAUCUCGACUUCACCAACAACGAGUGGGAGGCAAUGCAUGAUGACCUCGAUGACUUCUUGAAUGAGUCCGGUGACGACGAUACUGAUCGAGACAGCGACAGUGAAAGUACACAAUCCAACGCAGACACAGAUGUCUCCGAGAAAACCUCGACGAACGGCAAAAAGAGGAGAAGGGAGGAUUUGUCAUCAGCAGAGCCCAGUGAUGCAGAGGACAGUGAUUCGUCAAACGCGAGUAAAUCCAAGUUGCAGAAGCGGAAGAAGCGAGCAUUGAACCGUGUGACCAGUCUCACCAAUGUGAUGGCAGCUGACAACAAGUCUUCUGGAUUACCAAGCCCAGACACUACGGGGCCCGAAGAGAUUAAGAACUCGAAAAGGGGUACGAAAGAAGAAGAAGAAGAAGAUGAUGAUGACGACGAUGAGUUGGAGGCCGAGAUGAUGGCAGGUCUGGAGAGUAGCGACGAUGAGGCUUGAGGAUGGUGAACGAUUAUUCGAAUCGUACAUCUACAGUCACAGUCCUGAACUUGCAUAUUUCGGGUAUACUGGCAUAGCGUGGCGUCUACAGCAUUGGAGUUACGGAGGGAAAGUGACGAGAUGUUGAUCGUUUGGCAGAUGCGUUUUCUCGGGGCAUGCAUAUGAAUGGGCCACAUACGGUCAAGCAUUUGGGCGGCCGAAGAUCUACUUCCUUCGCAAUGGCUCUGCAGCCUCUUUAGUCUGUGCAGGUGUACCAAAUAGUUAUUGCUAGACGUUGAACUUCGAGUAAAAGUACUUCGUGAGAUGUUCUAGCUACAAUCACUCAUUUCACAACCUCAAACCCAAGGCGAUCGGAGUCACGGCGCGGACCGUUCGGUACCCAUCCAUGGUACCUCUGUCGGAUCUGGUUAGCUGCGAACCCCACAUAAUACUUACUACCUGUCGAUAUGCAUCAAGACC